GUCGCGGUAAACAUCUACGACCUGAACGGAUUCAACGAGUACACGCACCUCCUCGGCCUGGGCGUCUACCACAGCGGUCUCGAGGUGCACGGAAGGGAGUACGCGUUCGGCGGCCACGACCAGCGAUGCAGCGGCAUCUUCGACACGGCCCCGAGGGAGGCGCCGCCGCCGGCGCGCUUCCGGAAGACCGUCGUCGUCGGGCACACGACGAUGAGUCCGAGCGAGGUGGCGCGCGCGGUGGAGAACAUGGGGGAGACGAGCUACCUCGGCUGCGCGUACCACCUGCUCGAGCGCAACUGCAACUCGUUCGUGGAAGAUCUGUGCGUGGAACUCACGGGACGGAAGCCGCCAGGGUACAUCAACCGCCUGGCGCGGAUCGCGGUCGUCGCGAACCAGUGCGCGCCGUGCAUACUCCCCGCGAGCGUGCGC